GAAGGAAAUCGCUCUCAUCUGUUGAUCCUACCAGAACACCUACAUCCUCAGAAAAGCAAUUGAGCAGUCAUGGCCGGUCCUGUGCGGCAGCCCAUCGACAUACAGUCGUUGGAGAGGUAUAUUGACAGCAAUGUACUUCUGAUCAAGACCCCGUUGGAUGUGAAGCAGUUCGGAUUCGGUCAGUCAAACCCGACAUAUCAACUCACCGAUACUACUGGCACGAAGUACGUCCUACGCAAAAAGCCUCCUGGCAAACUUCUCUCCAAGACGGCGCAUCAAGUCGAACGAGAAUAUCAGAUUCUGCAUGCGUUGCAGCAAACCGACGUCCCCGUUCCAAAAGUGUAUAUAUUAUGUGAGGAUAGUAAUGUGAUUGGGACAGCUUUUUACAUAAUGGAGUUUCUCGAUGGGCGGAUGAUCACUGAUCCCGCUGUUCCGGGUGUGAGUUCUCAGGAAAGGACAGAGAUUUGGCGUGACGCAGUUCGAACCCUCGGAAAGCUGCACCGCGUGGAUCCCAAGUCAGUCGGGAUGGAGAAAUUUGGAAAACACACUGGUUUUUAUGACCGCCAAAUCUCGACGUUAGGACGAGUGUCCCAAGCGCAGGCGCAAGCAGUAGAUGUCGAUACAAAAGAACCCGUCGGAGAACUUCCGCACUUCCAGGAGAACGUGCGCUUCUUUUCGAACAAAAGCCUACAGCCUAGAGACCGGACGACUUUCGUACAUGGUGAUUAUAAAAUAGACAAUCUCGUCUUCCACAAGACUGAGCCGCGAGUUAUCGGUAUACUAGAUUGGGAAAUGGCAACUAUAGGCCAUCCGCUUUCAGAUAUCGCAAACUUGACUAGCCCAUGGUUUCUGGACUCUGCUGAGCAUAAAGCAGAGGGCUUUCAGCGGACCCCCGGUAUUCCACCUAGGCAACAAAGUCUACAAUGGUACGCUGAAGUAACGGGAUAUGAUCCGAGACCAGAUAUGGACUGGGGAGAUGCGUUCUUUUCCUUCCGCGCAUCGGUUAUUAUGCAGGGAAUUGCAGCGCGAUAUGCCUUACGUCAGGCUAGUAGUGCACGAGCUCAGGAGUAUACGAAGAAUAUGAAGCCGUUUGCUGAAGAAACUCACCGGCGAGUGAAAGCGGUUGAAGCAAAGACGACGAAAGGGCGUCUGUAGGGAUAGAUGCAUAUAUAUUAUGCACACCAAGGCUUUUUAUCCGUGAUGUACGAUUUUGAGUUGAAGUCCAAUGCUUGGUUCUUGCCAAAGGCUGAACUGGGUUUGAAUGCCUGGAAUCAAGCAACAUUUUACUGUUUGAUGCGGCCUUACGCUUGGCGCAAUUGGAAUCAUCUCUUAUCUUGGUGUUAGCGAUCAUAACAGCCUUCUAUCGACUGUCCCAAGCGAAUAUCUAGCUAUGAUUUGUUAAACUGAACAAUGAAUAAUUCCAUGAAUGAUCCUUCGAAAGAUCAUAUCAGUCAUUCCUGC